CGGGAGAGCGCACCAAAAAAUUUAAAGAUCGCUCGUUUAAACGGGAAGCUUCGUCGUGCUGCACAAACUUAAACACCCACGGCGGUUAAGAUGGAAAGCCACGACGGUCAUAUUGGAAAGCAUUGAUAUGCCCGAGCAAUUGUUGUUUUUCCUCUUGACAAUGGUAUAUCAUGCAACAUCCGUUAUAAAAGUCUGUAGUGACAAUCUUGCAAGAUAAUAAGAGGUCCGAACUCGGUGCGACAUGCCCAUGUCCGAACGUGUCGCAUUUGUUGAGCAUAAUGCUCUUUCCAACAUUUACACUGUAACGAGGCACAAGUGCAGAAGGAUCGCUACCGUAUCGCAAUUGUUGCUCACAGACCAUCAUUGGCUAGGAAAAGGUCUAAAAAACGCCAAUCUCACCACAUUCACAUGCAAAAUGGUCCAGAUCGUAAUUCCUGCGACGCAAUUGCAUCCGCAAUCCACAAACGGCGCAUCACCAAACGACUGGAUAAUGAUCGAACUACAGGGCACCCUAGCUGCUGACGGCUCUGACGACAUGGCGGGUCUGGAACUCGGCAAAAUAGAGUUGAAAGCCAAUGGAAUACCAUAUCUUUACAUUGCCAACCACAAGCUUGAAGGUCAACGUGUAGAACUCAAAAAGCCGCUCGCUUUGAUUCGUAAACGUCGAACGAUGGGAGGAAUGCAACCGCCGGACGGUGUCCUAGAUACCAUGGAUGGAAUAGAACCCAGUGCGGACCCGUCGAUAACCUCCCAAUCAGAUUCUUUCCCCUCCCUCCCUCCACCUGUCCAUCUAAACCUCUCCCUAUCCUCCAUUGCCUCCGACCCAUCGCUCUCGGUAGAGAAUGUCUCACUUGCAGAUCAACCAAAUAACUAUAGUGAAGCCACCGCCGAUCUGCGACCAGGAGGACUUGUAGGCGAGACUGAUUCCCAUCAAGCCACUGAAGCGUUGGGGCAAGCAGAGUAUGAUGUUGUUACAAUAGUGCGCUAUAAGUACUUGUUCAAAUCCCGACCAGACUAUGUACUAGAAGAGAAAUACCGUGGAUUGACGGAUUUUGCAAAGGGGUGAACGCAAAAAGUAGACAAGGCUCAAUCUGGACGUGAAGCUGUAACUCCAUUGUAUCUAACUUGCAUAUAGUAAAUAGACUAGGUAAUACGAGACGAGCUCAGGGAUUAGAAUUUGGAUAGGAGGACUAUUGCAGCAAACAUCAUGCUCUGGCAAAACCUCUGCGGAAAGCCGACUUCGUUGUCGAGCGAGAUCUUUCUAGUGUUUCUACUUUUUACAACUCACUUUCUGGGUAUACAUACAAACAAAAAUCGCCG